AUGGCAGCAAUCGGGUCCAACGACGGCUCAAACACGCAGGAAAACGAGGGAGUGUCUCCACUCGCAGUCACCGUGAAUGUUGACGAAAAAGAAGAAGGAUCUAUUGAGCCAACGAAUACUGUGCAGAGACACCAUAAGGAUCAGCAUCACUAUGUAUCACUCUGUCGUAAGGAGUGGUGGCACUGGAGGACUAAGGGCCAAGUGUAUUGGAGUCCAUCGUACCUUACCGUUGACAAGGGUGAUUACGUCAGUUUUGGAUGGUAUCCACCAGCUCCCCCUGGUGCUAUCUUUCAUAAGGAGCAUCCUCUUGAGGCUGAUGACAAGGAUAGACUACUCGUCAAUGUCAUAUCAGCAGAGAAGGACGGCAGCCCUAUGGAUGCAGCCGUGGCUCCUAUCUACAGUGGUGACCCCCGCCUUGCAGGGACGUACACCUUCCAUUUCACGGAGCCAGGGACUGCGGUGGUGACUUCGACAAACCGCGAUCUACAUCUCCGCUGUGAAAUUAAGUGCCUCACUGAUCAACAGUGGCGAGUCAAUAGAGCCUUGAAGAUAGCAGGAGGAGUGUUGGCUGUAGGGGCUUUCGUUGUCGUACUAGUGUUGAUGAUUAUCGGAAUCCCUAAGCUGUUCGAGCCGAUCAUAUCCUGUGAUGAAGCGAAGCAAUGGUGCCGAGUGCUCGAGGACAUCAGGGAUGAGACUGUUAGCAGCUCUCUUCCGAUCAUGGUCUUCUCUGCAAUCAUGGCAGUUGCAGCACCAGCAUUCAUUCUUUUCCGCGCCUUAUUCCUAGAGAGACCACUGCUGGCAUCGUUCGGUCGCGGCUUCCACUCCAAGUGGUCGACUCUUAUAUCCCUCAUCCUCUACUUCCUCACGAUUGCUGUUAUUGUGAUAACAGCUCUUUCCUGGACGUAUCAAGUUCGGGUCAGUCGAGGUUGGAAUGAGUUCCUCGAGAUUAUGGAUAAGUUUGUCACCGAGAUGACGUCUUCUCUCGAUGCUAUGGUGGUACUACUAGAAGAGAUUCUCAACCGCCAAGACGUCCUGGACAAGUUGGCCUCCACUGGCAUCGACAUGUCUACGAUAUCUAAGACGCUUCUGGAUGUCUAUUCAACGGUUAGCGAAACUUCUAAACAGUAUCUCGACACUGGAACAUCGCUGAUGGUAUCCAUUGUUCGUAUAAGACUAGGUUUCCUCUUUGUCGGAGUGGAGAUUGCCCUCCUUUGUGUGGCUAGUGCCAUAGCAGUGAUGGCCAGCAGAAGGUUUCAACGUUUCGCCACUGUGGAGGCCCUUCUUAUGGGAGGUAUUGUGUUCUCGUCCUUAUCGGUUGUGACCAGCAUGACCAGCUACUACCUUCUGGACCACACAUACGAUAACGUCCUUGCUAAACCGGUUGAUGAGACGGGGACGGCGACUUCUAUCGUGGGAGCAGCUCUGGCUUUCUGUUCAGCAGAGGACUUCAACUUACCGUAUGAGGAUGUUGUGGUGCCACUACGGACAAUGGUUGAUAAUUGUGAGGGAUGUAGGAUACCCGAUUGGGUGGUACCUACUACCACAGGCCAAGUCCGAGACUUGCUUGCCAUCAUGUAUGAAAACAUCAACAAUCUGAGGUCGGAGUUGUUCGUAGGGAGAUACGGCCUUACCGCGGCUGACUCGAGUGUUCUGGAUGGCUUAGCGCAAGUAUUGGCGAUAACAGUGGAGUUGCUUGAGUGCUCUUCUCUUGAUGGGUAUAUACGGGCGUCAAUAGUAUCCCUCAAACAAGACGUCAUUGACCCUUUACAUUCCCUGUCGGCCACUGAUUUGACUCUUUCACUGAUUCAGUUGGUGAUGCUGGUAUGCUUUGUGGUUGCCCGUUAUGUAUUUGAUCGUCGAAGGAAGUACUGGUGGGAGGUCUCCAGCGGUAGGUGGUUCCGUUUCCGCUUUUGCUAUCAUGCACAUAAACAGCUGGUCAAAGAUAAGUACGGGGGUAUCCCCCCAGGGGGGCAGAGGUGGCAGCACCCACCGCACAAUCAGCUCACGAUGCAUCAAGCUACCUUCAUGUGGACCUUAGGACAGGCUCUGGUUGUUUUCCAGUCGGCUUACAUCUUGUUAUUAUGCAACUCCUACUUGGCUACAUCGCUAGAGAUGAUUGGUGGUGUGCUGGCUGUUGCCCAGCUGCUCACUGCAAUGGCGGGGUUAACCUCCGUAGCGUGGGUCGGAGUGGGAAAGGGCUGGCAUGGGAGAAUGUGGAAAUCCAGUUUGAUCCCCCGAGUUGUGACUGUAGCAUUUGCGGCUGCAACCAGCAUCACACUGGCGGCCACAGCGGGUAUCCAUUCGGGAAGACUGGCUGACUGCAACAACCAAGUGGAGCGGUGUCCGAUGUCGACUAUGGUCUAUCACAGCGAAGGUGUAUAUUACGCUAGUAUUAUGGCUAUCGUCGCUCUCGUAACAACGGUGCUCUCUGAACUUUCACUGGGACCAUGGUUCACUACAGCUGCACUCACGCUGAAGGAAGUCGAUGUGGCUGAGCGGCACCUGGGCUCCACUGAUGCGAUAGCUAGUGCCUUGCAGCUGCACACUAAAGGACGGAUCAUGACGGGUAUAAUGGCACUUGUAUUCCCAUCAGCGCUAUUUGGAGGGAUAUGGGCAUUGGCACGAGAUCCGCUUGUAUUCGAUAACGUCUCCUUCACAGCUCUGGCUGGCGCUCUGAGGUUCCAAACAGGUCGGGAGAUCAUAAGCAGUUCUGCGAUACCGCAACCUCCUGAAGGGGAGCCUGGUGGUUGUAAUGGCCUUGUCGUAAAUUGCCAGAAGACCGUUGUUCAAAUAACACUGCCAUCGACGCAUAACAGCUUCUCAUCACUCCAAGACAGGUUUGUCCUCCCCAACCACUACUUCAAUAUUAAACAACAAUUGGAACAUGGUAUUCGAGGCCUCUUACUCGACAUUCACCCUCAUAAUAGCACUAUGGAAGAGCCGCUACGACUUUGUCAUGCAAUGUGCGCUCUUGGCACACUUGUACUACGUGACGAGAUGGAGAUGGUGGCCGAGUGGCUCGCUGCCAACCCACGAGAGGUCAUAAUGCUUGUCAAUGAGUUCUAUGGUGAAACCUUCACUGCUUUGGAGUAUUCGAUGGAACCAUUGAUACCGUAUAUGUAUGUGCAUCCAGACGCCCAGAACGAGACCAUGAGGAUCCUAGGAGAAGCUGUGCGGUCACCAUGGCCAACUCUGCAGGAGAUGAUUGACACGAAUAAGAGGGUUGUCGUCAUCAAUCAGCAUGACUGCUAUUCGAACAACGACAAUAGCUUUGAUGGUUGCCCGGCCUGGGACCACAAUUUCUAUCAGUUUACAGCCGAAAAUAACUAUGCGUGGCAGACUAGGGAAAUGCUCAACUGCACCAUCAGCGCUCGAAGCAGCAAGUUUGAGUUCAUCAGCGAGUCCACUCUGAAUUCGUCCGAUCGGACCUCGGUUCAGAAUAGGUUGAUUUUCGUCAACCACUUUCUUUCUAUACCAGUGCCCUUCCCAUUGACGUCACUCCAAGUGAACAAGGAUGACCUCAUGAGAGAGGUGCUGGAUAACUGCACUGCCCAGUGGAGCGGACAUGUCCCAUCGAUGAUGGCCGUAGAUUAUUGGUCUAUUGGCAACAUAACACAUGUGGCACAUGAGUAUAAUAGAGACCAUAUUCUCCCUGACGCUACACGAUGA